AUGGAAAAAUAUUCAGAUAAACGUUCGGAUAAAUAUUCGGAUAAAUAUUCUGACAGAUAUUCUGAUAGACAUUCGGAGAGACGCUCAGAUAGGCGUUCGGAAAGACGUUCAGAAAGAUAUUCGGAUAGACGUUCAGAAAGACGUUCAGAUAAACAUUUAGAUAAACAUUCGGGUAAAUAUUCUAAUAAAUAUUCGGAAAGAAAAAUUACAACAGAAACAAUGCCGGAGAAUCGGAAAAGGACUCAUGAUGUAUUAACAGCAAAAACAGGGGGUGCCUAUAUACCACCAGCAAAAUUGCGUAUGAUGCAAGCAAAUAUAACAGACAAGUCUGGUGCUGCGUAUCAGCGGAUUGCAUGGAAAGCCUUAAAGAAAUCAAUUCAGGGUAGUAUUAAUAAAGUUAACGUGAGCUAUAUUGGUCUUAUAACAAGGGAACUUUUAAGAGAAAAUAUUGUUAGGGGAAGAGCAGCACUUACAGCUAUUAUUAAUUCUAAAUUUCCUAAUAUUGGUGAACAAAUAUUGAAGCGACUAAUUAUACAAUUUAAACAUGGUUUUCGUAGAAAUGACAAACCUCUCUGUAUAUCAUCUGGAACAUUUGUCGCACAUCUUUUGAAUCAACGUGUAGCACACGAAAUUUUACCUUUGGAGAUUUUAACGUUACUCGUUGAAACACCUACGGAUGAUUUUGUAGAAGUUGCCAUAGCAUUCUUGAAAAAAUGUGGUAUGAAAUUAACAGAAGUAUCUCGUAAAGGUAUAGAAGUUAUUAUGGAAAUGUUGAAAAAUUUAUUGCACGAGGGUCAAUUGGAUAAACGUGUUCAAUAUAUGAUUGAAGUCAUGUUUCAAAUUCGAAAGGAUGGCUUCAAAAAUCAUCCAGCAAUUCCUCCAGAAUUAGAUCUUGUAGAGGAAGAAAAUCAAUUCACGCAUCUCAUACAAUUAGACGAAGCAAUAGAUUCGCAAGACAUUUUAAAUGUUUUCAAGUUUGACACGGGCAAAGAGCAAGGAAAACCUCUCUUAGACAGUCACAACAGGGACAGCGAAAACAACUCACCACCAAAAGCUCUAGACCCGGAACUUAAAGCUUACCUGGACGCUAUGUCAGGGAACAUCAUCACGACUAUUUCUAUGCAGCUACAAGAAUUCCAAAAAUCAAUAGAAAGCUUGAAAGCCGAUAUGGAAAAGCGGAUGAAAGGUUCAGAGUUUUCCAACAGAAAACCAAAGAUUUUCAGGACGACACAAGAGCAAGGCUCGACAAACUGGAGAAAAGCCCCCGGAAAGACAAAUACAUCAUAG